AUAAAAAACACAACAAAUUCUAAGGUCCAUACUUUUCCAACAAAUCAAUCUAAAACCAACCCAUCAUCUUCCUCAAAAACCCCACCUCAAACUCCUCCUCUUCCGAUCACAAUUCCAAAAAUCCAAAUCAAACCAAAAAAAAUGAUGCACAUGACCUUUUACUGGGGUAACAAAGUGACCCUUUUGUUCGAUUUUUGGAAAACCAAUUCUUGGUUAAGCUAUGCUCUCGCUUUACUUGCUUGUUUCAUCGUCUCCGUUUUUUAUCAGUAUAUGGAAGAUCGCCGUCAGCGAUUCAAAAUUCUGUCUUCUAAUUCCAAGAAAAACUAUCCUUCGCCGCCGUCCAACGCCGCCGUGAAUACCCCUCUUCUUUACUCAUUUCCGACCGUCGGCGGUGAGUGGAACUGGGCGAGAUUUGCGACGGCGAUUCUAUUUGGGAUUAAUUCGGCGAUUGGGUAUAUGCUUAUGUUGGCUAUUAUGUCAUUUAACGGCGGCGUUUUUGUUGCCGUCGUUUUGGGUCUGUCGAUCGGAUAUUUGCUUUUUAGGACCGGUGAAGAGGAUGUUGUGGUCGUUGAUAAUCCAUGUGCCUGUGCUUGAAAUUUUCUGAAUAUUAAUGGGUUUGGUUCUUGUUUUACCCAUAGAAAUUAUAUGGAAAAAUGAUAAUGAAGGUGUUUUUUUUUUUUUUGGUUUUUAGAUAGUAUUGGAUCUGUGGUUUGUACCCCUGCUGAUCUUUUUCAUUUCCUUCUGUUGUUGUGUAUUUCUGGAUCUGAAUACUAUAAAUUUACAUUUCUCCAUUUUCAUUA